AUGUCAUUAGGUACUUUAUACGUGACUCAGCAAAUAAGAAGUCUUCCUGUUAAAGCAUUGGCCAAGCACUUUAACUUGGACAUCAAACUUAGCGACAAGGAUGCUGCUUAUGAGAAGAACUUCCCAUUGAACAAAAUCCCAGCCUUUAUUGGUCCCAAGGGAUUCACUUUGACCGAAGUCAUUGCCAUCAGUCUCUACUUGAUCAAUUUGGGUGAUCCAAAGUCAAAAUUGUUGGGUAAAAAUGCUGCUGAAUAUGCUCAAAUUUUGAAAUGGACCUCAUUGGCCAACACUGAGUUGUUGCCAACUGAAGCCAAAGUUUUCAAGCCAUUGAACGGAACCCUUCCUUACAACAAAAAGCAAGUGGAUGAAGGCUCUGCUUAUUUGGAAAAAGUCAAUGGUGUUUUCGAACAAAGAUUGGCAAACUACACCUACUUGGUUGGAGAAAGAAUCACCUUUGCUGACAUCUUAGCUGCCACCUUGUACGUUCGUGGUUUUGAUUUCUUGUAUGGGGAACAAUGGAGACAACAACACCCAAACAUCACCAGAUGGUUCAAGACUGUUAUCAAGUCCCCAAUCUUGGUUGAGUUCUUGGGUGAUUACAAAUUCAUUGAAAAGCCAAUCGAAUAUGUUCCACCAAAGAAGGAAAAGAAGGAAAAAGCACCUGCUGCUGCUGCUGCUGCUCCAGCCAAGAAGGAGGCUGCUCCAAAAGCUGCUGCUGCUGAAGAGCCUGCUCCUGCUGCUGCUCCAAAGCCAAAACACCCAUUGGAAGCUUUGGGCAAGCCAAAGGCUCCAUUGGACGAGUGGAAGAGAACUUACUCCAACGAAGAGACUAGAGAAGUUGCUAUCCCAUGGUUCUGGAAGAACCAAUACGAUCCAGAAGAAUGGUCAUUAUGGAAGGUUGACUACAAGUACAAUGACGAAUUGACUUUGACCUUUAUGUCAAACAACUUGGUUGGUGGAUUUUUCAACAGAUUGUCGGCUUCUACCAAGUACAUGUUUGGAUGUAUGGUUGUUUAUGGAGAAAACAACAACAACGGUAUCACUGGUGCCUUUUUGGUUAGAGGACAAGAUUAUGUUCCAGCUUUUGAUGUUGCUCCAGAUUGGGAAUCUUAUGAGUUCACCAAAUUGGACGCUUCAAAAGAAGAAGACAAAAAGUUCUUUGACAACAUGUUGGCAUGGGAUGAGCCAGUUGUCAUCAAUGGUGAAAAGAGAGAGAUCUCCGAUGGUAAAGUCUUCAAGUAA